GCUUCAUUGUCAAAACAACUUGACUUUUCAAAUGAUUUUCAGUAAACCCACCCGAAAAAUUUACCGUAAAAUAAUUUUUAAUCCAUAUAAGAAAACGCAACCUUUAUGGGAGGCAGUCAGAGCAAAUUCAGCCCGGAACCGAGAGACGCUUGGUACAGAAUGAUGGCCCAAAAGGAACCCAAAUUCCUCGAAAAAGUGCUCCAAGCCAUCGUAGAACUGAAAGACACCAACGGUUCAUCGCAAGGAAGGAUCAUCGAUUACAUCAGAAACUCCCUAAGCGAGGUGAUACUAUCCCAGAGACCCAGGAACUUGGUCAUGCAGGUUAAAAGGGCCAUGCAUUACGCCGUUAUACACGGAAUGGUCAGGCAACGCGGCGGGAAAUUUUUCCUGGCGCUCAAUCAGAAGGAUUACGACACGUUUACUGGCCUGCGUUCUAUGAAACCCAUGAAGGAAAGUUCCAAUGAAAACUCGGCGAAAAAUCCCGCGAAAUCGUCGACUAAGCGGAAAACUGCGACGAAUCAAAAGAGAAUCGACCGGAAAAAAGAAAACAACAGCGCCAAGCGAACAGAGAAUAAUCAAACCAAAGAAGAGAACGAUGGUAAAAGUGAAAGGAAAAAAGAAUAAUUUAAGAUAUGGAGACGUUUAUAGCACUUGUGAAGUAUAGUUUUGUCUUAAUUCCUAUGAUAAAAUGUUAAAAACAUUUUUAAUAAAACCUUAUGUAUGAGGUAUAUCACUAGUAUUUUGCAGUAAC